AUGUCCAAGUUCGAUGUCUUUCUCAGUUUCAGCGGACUCGACACUGGCCGGAGCUUCAUCACUUUUCUCUACAAAGAACUUGAUCGAAGGAACAUCCCAACCUUCAAAGACGACAAAGAACCGAGAACUGGCCGGGAAAUCUCUCCGGAGCUCAUACAUGUCAUCGAGGAGUCGAGAUUCGCCGUAGUUGUGGUCUCCAAGAAUUACUCAGCGUCCUCUCGCUGCCUCGAUGAGCUCGUCAAGAUUAUGGAGUUCGUGAAAAAGGGCUCCCUCACCGUGAUGCCAAUCUUCUACGGCGUGGAGCCGACGCAUCUGAGGAGACAGAUCAAAGAAGUAGCCGAGCAGUUUGAGACGCACGAGAGCAAAGAAGAUCAACAGAAAGUGCUCUCGUGGAGGCAAGCAUUGUUCUCUCUGGCCAGCAUCUCUGGACAUUGCUCACGGAAAUGGAACGAUGAUGCAAAGAUGAUCGAUGUAACUGCUGACCAAAUAUCGAAAAAGCUGAUGAGGAUUAGAGCAAGACCAAGAGGUCCAAGACGUGCAAGUAGCAUAGUGGGGAUUAACCAGCACAUGAAAGCUAUUGACAAGUUAUUGGAACUGAACUCGAACGGAAGUGUGAGACUUGUUGGGAUUUGGGCAAGAGGAGGGACUUGUAGAUCGGCUCUGGCUGCAUUCGUUUAUCAGAAAAUCAGUCAACACUUCAAGAGCCAUUGUUACCUAGGGAGCGUGAAAAAGAUAACCAAGGGUCGUCACAUGUCGCGUCUCCGUGAAGAGUUAACGAAUAAGUUUCAAAGCGAAUCAAGGGUCAAGAACCAAAAGGUUCUGCUUGUUGCGGACGACGUCAAUAAGCUUGAUCAGUUAGAUGCACUUGCGGAUGAUUUCAACGGCUUUGGUCCUGGGAGUGUUGUCAUCGUCACUACACAAGACAAGCAGCUGUUUGCUUCCUAUGGGAUAACGGAUGUCUACGAAGCUGAGCUACUGAGGUUUCGGGAAGUUCGGCGCCAGCUCAUUCGACAGGUAGCCUUCAACGAGGUCAGUAUUGCUGCUGUGUUCGAGUCGGUUGUUGUAAGCCAACGAGUAUUGCCUUGUAAUGGUUAG